AUGGAGUUUAGGGUGAAUAACGGCGCUGGUUGGGUGUGGGACAUUCAAAUGAGGCGAAAUUUGGCGGAUUGGGAGGUUGAACAGCUGUUGCAAUUGAUUUCUAUGUUGAACAAUAUCUCAAUAUCGCCAUGUGAGGAAGACUGUUGGAUUUGGUCAGAGAAUGGUGAGGGCUGUUUUUCAGUUAAAUCUUGUAUCAACAUUUUCCUUGAUCAAGAUGGUAGUCAGCAGAAGAUGGAGAUCUGGGAGAGACAUAUUUGGGCAGGGAUUGCUCCUCCACGGGUGGAGACAUUUGUAUGGCAAGUGGCUCACCAGAGAGUGGCGGUGAAGGAGGAAUUACUGAAGCGAGGAGUGGUAGGGAUUGAUGAUCCUUUAUGCUCUCUGUGUGGGGCGUUGAUGUGGUCAGUGUGGAAAUGCAGAAAUGAGGUUAUUUUUCAUAAAGUUAAGCUGGAUGUGGUGAGACUGUUCUUUAUUGUUCGUUUUAUAAUAGCUUCCUGGUUUGUUGCAAAGUUCAAGGAUGUGAAUAUUCCUUUAGACUCUCUUGUGGGAGAUUUAAAACUUGCGGAUUUGGUGGGAAGACAAGGAAAUGGCAUCUCUAAACCAAUUUGCUGGGUUCCUCCUCCGGAUGGGUUCUUAAAGCUCAAUGUUGAUGGAGCGAUGGUAAAGGGUUGGGAUAAAGGAGGCAUUGGUGGUUUGAUUCGGGAUAAUAAAGGUGUGUUGCUUCAAUGGUUUUCAGAAAGAGUUGGGGGUGGUCCUCCUAUCUUCGCAGAAUUAUUGGCGAUUAAGAGGGGGUUAUGUCUUCUGGAAGAUUUAAGUUUUGUCCCUAAUCGGAGGUUUAUUCUUGAAUCUGAUUCAAGUAAUGCUCUAAAGUGGAUCAAGAAUCUGGGUUUAUGCACUCCUAUGUUUCAAGUACUGGUGAAGGAGAUAGUCUCUCUUAUGGCAGGGAAGGAUAUCAUUAUUAAGCAUAUUUUGAGGGCUGCAAAUUGGGAAGCUGACAAAUUAGCUAAGGAUGGGAUAGGGUGA